UUAUGCGAAUUUUUCGUGAUUGAUAAACGUCGGGGCUAAAUGAAUUUUUUCCUCAAACCGUCAUUGAGGCACGGGAUGCAUUCUAAGCAUGUUCGGGCAAUCGUUUUUGCGGUGACAUAGGAAGUGAGUAACGAUAUCAAAGACGGACUGUUAAAACAAAACGUAUGGGAUCAUUGUUAUUCCGAAUGUUCCUUCGCCGACGACUGGAACAAUAGACUGGGCACUGUUGGGAGACAUUCGGACAGUUGUGUUUGAUUUAAUUUUUUGUUAACUCGUGCGUGAAACCGUUACUUUUGGUAUGGGUAAAUAAAACACCCCGAGGAUGUCGCGUGGGUGGAAGCAACUGGGGCUGUUCGCCGCCGUUUUGGUGGUCUGCAUCUCGAGGACCGAGGCCGAUUAUCAUAUCGGGGUGGGAAGAGCCGACUGUACAGGACCUUCGGCCGAAAUCACAUUUAUGGGAUACGCAAAAACGGGACAGAAAGGAUGCGGCAUACAUCUGAGGCAAUUCGCGAGAGCUUUCAUACUAGACGAUGGAGAGACUAGGGCCGCUUUCGUCACCGUCGACACGUGCAUGGGUGCCCACGGCCUCAGAAGAUCGGUUCUGGACAAGCUCAGGGAGAAGUACGGCGAAAUGUACACGGAGAACAACCUGAUUUUGAGUGGUACCCACACUCACGGAACUCCGGGUGGUUUUCUGAUGGAUCUGAUGUUCGACCUGCCCAAUUUGGGCUUCUCUCACGAAACAUUCAAUGCGCUGGUGGAGGGAAUUGUAAGAGCGGUCGUCAAUGCUCACGAGAAUAUGGUCCAGGGUAGGAUAUUCGUCACAUCCGGUGAAGUAUUGGAAGCCAACAUCAAUCGCAGUCCCGCCUCGUACUUGUACAAUCCCGAAGAGGAACGUGCCAAAUACGCCUACAAUGUGGACAAAACACUGGUUCAAGUACGGAUGGUUCGAUCGUCCGAUCAGAAAUUGAUCGGGGCCAUAAAUUGGUUCGCCGUCCAUCCUACGUCGAUGAACAACACGAACUGUCUGGUCACAUCCGACAACGUAGGAUACGCCUCGCUGUUGCUCGAACAAUCCGUCAACAAAGACUUGCCUGGAAAAGGCUCGUUCGUUGGGGCGUUUGCAUCCACCAAUCUGGGAGACGUGUCCCCUAAUUUGAAAGGACCCCAUUGCCUCGACACGGGUUUGCCUUGUGACAAUGUGACCAGUACUUGCGACGGUGACGCCAAGAAAUGCGUGUCCUUCGGACCAGGAAAGGAUAUGUUCGAAAGCACUGAAAUUAUUGCCAAGCGAUUGUUCGGAAAGGCUUCGGAACUUUUAAUUGACGCCAGUGCUGGAGAAAUUACAGGUCCAAUUCGUUACGUCCAUCAGUUCACUGAUAUGCCAAAUGAAAAAGCUGAGAUUGAAUUAGAAGAUGGAACAAUCAAGGAGGUACAAGGAUGUUAUCCGGCGAUGGGCUAUAGUUUCGCAGCUGGUACAACCGACGGACCUGGAGAGUUCGAUUUUACGCAGGCCACAACCUCACCGAAUCCAUUCUGGAACGCCAUUAGAGACUUUAUUUUCCCACCGACACCUGAGGACGUCGAAUGCCAAGCUCCUAAACCGAUUUUAAUAGCCACCGGGAGAAUUGAUAAGCCAUACCAGUGGCAACCGCAGAUUGUCGUCAAUCAAGUCGUGAUGAUUGGUAAUUUGGUUUUGGUGGCCGUUCCCGGUGAAUUCACCACCAUGUCUGGCAGACGAAUGAGGGACGCCGUAAAGGAAGAGGUUAUUAAAAACGGCGGUCAGAAAGACGUUACCGUUGUCAUCACCGGACUGAGUAAUGUCUACACUAAUUAUAUCGCCACGCCGGAAGAAUAUCAGCUGCAACGCUACGAAGGUGCCUCGACCAUUUUCGGACCUCACACUUUCACGAUCUACAAAAAGAUUUACAAAAAUCUAGUUUCAUCGUUACUGCAGAACAAAACGGUGGAACCCGGACCGACGCCUCCGGACUUCUCCAACAGAGUGUGGACUUUGAUUAAGCCCGUGGUUUUCGAUUCGGCCGGUUGGUUCGGCACUUUCGGCGACUGCAUCAAACAACCACCGGCGACGGCCAACAUUGGCGACGUUGUGUCCGUCAAAUUUACUGCCGGUCAUCCCAGGAACGAUGUCAUGCAAGAGAAAACUUUCCUGACUGUUGAGAAGUACGAGGGGGACAGCUGGAAAGUUGUUGCAACCGAUGCCAGUUGGGAAACGAGAUUCUACUGGACCAGAACCAACGUCCUGUUCGGAUUUAGCGAAGUGGAAGUCCAAUGGACCAUUAAAGAAAAUGUCGAACCAGGAACUUAUCGGAUACGACACUUUGGAAACUAUAAAUAUAUAUUCGGCGGAGUUUAUCCUUACGAAGGUCAAACUAAGAAAUUUACUGUGAAAGUGUGAUACAAGUCCACUUCUCUGUUAUUCUCUCUUGCCAUUAUUUUGUAAUAAAUUAUUUUUAUACGUC